UUUAUUUUUUUAUUUUUUUAAAUUUUUAGAAAAUUCAAAAAAAAAAAACUAGGAUUAGUUAUAUAUAAUAAUCAUGUCGAAAAUAUUAAUAUCUCUCCCUCUUUCCCUGUCUCUGUUUUUGUUGUUUUUCUUCUCGUUCUCAUGUGCAGAUUCUCAGACGACGAUCACGACCGAAGAAUCUCACGAGUCGUCGGAGACUACGACGGAGAGCUAUUCCAACACGUUCGAUAAGGUGUAUGCGUUUGGAGGGUCGAGCACCGACACGGGAAACGCUCAGUCCAUGGGAGUUGUUAAAGAGGAAUCGUCGUCUUCUUCUACUACUACUACGACGCGGCAUGAGUCUUCGUCGAAGCAGACGACGACGACGGAGUAUUCCGAUGGGAGGAUGAGUAAUGGGGGAUUGGUUGUGGAUUAUCUGUGUAAAGAUCUUGAUAUACCGCCUCUCCCGCCGUAUAAAGCUAAGGAGGAGUCGUCGUCUUCGUCUAGUAGUGAGGAAAGAAGUGAGGAAUCGUCGGAAUCUAGUAGUUCUUCUUCGUCGUCGGUUAGUGGUAAAGGUUCUGCUUCGGCAGGCGGUGGUGGUGCCGGUUCAGCUGGCGGUUCGGCGGGUGCUGGCGGUUCAGCCGGCGGUUCAGCUAGUGGUGGUGGUUCGGCUGGUGCAGAUGGUUCAGCCGGCGGUUCAGCUAGUGCUGAUGGUUCAGCCGGUGCUGGUGGUUCAGCCGGCGGUUCUGCUGGUGCCGGCGGUUCGGCUGGUGCCGGUGGCUCAGCUGGGGGUUCAGCAGGUGCCGGUGGCUCAAUUGGAGGUUCUGCCGGUGCAAGUGGUUCAAUUGAAGGUUCAGCCGGUGCAGGUGGUUCAGCGGGCGGUUCAGCAGGUGCCGGUGGUUCAGCAGGCGGUUCAGCCGGAGCCGGCGGUUCAAUAGAAGGUUCGGCCGGUGCUAGUGGUUCAAUUGGGGGUUCCGCUGGAGCAAGCGGUUCAGCGGGCGGCUCUGCUGGUGCGGGUGGGGGAGCCGGUGCAGGCGGUUCAGCAGGAGGUUCAGUCGGAGGCUCUGCUAGUGCAAGCGGUUCAAUCCGGGGUUCAAUUAGUGCUGCCGGUUCAGCCGGAGCUGGUGCGGGUGGGGGAGCCGGAGGCGGAGUCGGAGCGGGAGCUUCAGCAAGCGGCAGAAUUAGCGUAUCCGUGAAUUUCAGUUUUGGGAUAAAUUUCGCCAUUGCAGGAUCAACAUUCCUGUCAAAAAGAAACUAUAGCAAUCAAGGAACAAACCCCCUCUUCUACACUGGAUUACCUCUCCCAUUCGACAGAGAGAUAGACUGGUUCAAAGAGUUUUUAGCAUCAAAGGGGUGCAACAACUUAGGCGAUGCUGGUUGCAAGGAGGAAGUUGAAAACGCCCUCUUCUGGUUAGGCGCAGUGGGUGCAUCAGACUACACCCGCACCCAUGGACACUCCGUCGUUAAUCUUAGAGGAAUCUCUCAAUUGUGCAUUUUCCACAUCUCAAAACUCCUCCGGGUGGUGCUUCAAGCAGGAGCAAAAUACGUAGUAGUACAAGGCUUACCACCGGUGGGGUGUCUUCCGAUCGCCAUCUCCCGCCCAUUCAUCCUGCGCGACCGGAACGGCUGCUCCAUCGCCGUGAACGCCGCCACGGACAUCCACAACCGCCUGCUCAUGAGGGUGCUAGCCAAGUUCCGAAUACAGUUCCCACAGAGCACCAUCCUCUACGCCGACUACUGGAAGGCCUUCAUGGAGAUCUACACCAACAACUUCAAGUACAAGUUCACGGAGCGCUCCAAAGCCUGCUGCGGCGCCGGCGGUGGACCCCUCAACUUCAACCCCCUUCAGAUCUGCGGCAGCGACGGCGCCUCCAUCUGCAAGAACCCGCAUGAGUAUAUCAGUUGGGAUGGGGUCCACUUCACCGCCGCCAUGAACAAGAAGCUUUCGCAUCUGUUCUUCAAGGAAGGGUACUGUCAGCCGUCGUUUAAGUCGUUGAUCAAGAAGAGAAAGCAAGCAAUGAAGCAGAAGCAAUAGGGAAGGGGGAUGGGGUAUUAGUAUAUAUGUGUAGGUUAGUUGAGGAGAAUCGUUGCCGCCCCGGAUGGGAUUAAUUCCGGCCAUCCUGCGAGCGAGACAGUAGGGUUUAAGGGCGAGUUAUUGGAGUGUGAAACAAUGGAGAUCAUCCUUGUACCUACGUUAAAGAACAUGCAUGCAUAGGUUGACUACUUGACUGCCAUGAAGGAAUACAAGUUACUAAUAAUUUAUCAAAAUGAGAAUUCUUUGCCUUUUUUUUUU